AUGACGAUGGUGAAGAAGAAGAAGAAGGCGGCAGAGAUUAAUACAAGAAAUCAGGAGCCAUGCGAAGAAGAAGCAGCAGCCAUGCCUACAUCGCCAUACCUUACCCAACAUCUUCUUGUUGAAAUACUUUCAAAACUGCCGGUGAAGCCUCUGUUACGAUUCAAGUGCGUUUCAAAGCGAUGGCGCUCUCUGAUCUCUGAUCCCCACUUCAUCAAGGCCCACCUUAAUCAAUCACUCAAAAAUUUCAACAUCCAAACACAGCGGAUAUUCAUAGCCACUCCCAACUACCCUUUCCGUGUCUACACGGUGAGCUUCGGAUCAUCUGAUCAUGACGACAUUGAUGUUGAAGUAUCAAAUAUUGAUUUUUUAUUUCAGAACAUUAAUAAUCCUCAUCCUAGGUGGCGUAUCGUUGGUUCCUGCCAUGGGUUGAUAUGCAUGUUGGUAGAUUUUGGAAUGAUACGUGUAUUCAAUCCGUCAACGAGGGAGUCGAAACAAAUACGAGAUUGCGAUGAUCCUCCUGGUAGCAUAGUUGGGUUUGGGUUUGGGUAUGACCAGUGUUCUGAUGAUUACAUAGUGGUGAAAAUAAACGGCAAUGGCAUGUAUGUAUAUUCCCUGAGAAAUUUUUCUUGUUGGAGAAAAGUUCAUGACUUCACUAAGUACGAUGUAUUAUCGAAUGGGACGCAGCUGAAUGGAGCCUUUCAUUGGCUUUGUUUGGACAAGGAUUCACACAAGCCAUCAGAGAUUGCUGUUUUUCGUUUCGAGGAUGAGAAACUUUGGACCAUUCCUUUGCCUGCCAGUUUUAAUCAUGCAUUCGAACUAGGGGUGUUUGAAGGAUGCCUUUGUAUACCACCAUGUGGUGGUGAUGCAUUCUGGGCUAUGAGAGAAUAUGGGGUGAACCAGUCUUGGGCUAAACUCCACAUUAAACUUCCAUUUUUUGUUACCUUACAGCCAUUGACUACCUUGAGGAAUCAUGAAGCUGUGUGUUUGACAGACUUCAGGAAGUUAGUUUUAUACAACACAAGAGAGGGAACAUCUAGGGACCUUGUCGUACAUGUAGAUGCGGAUGUCCGGUUCUUUCGUGCAAUCAUCUACGUAGAUAGUCUCGUAUCACCGGUCAUGGAAAAAAAUGUGAUAAAAGAGGAAAACACAUUAAAUUUAGGAGACUGA